GAAGGUUUUGUUAUCUUGGUGCGUUCACGAGAUUUUGAGAGUUGGAACAACCCAUUUGGAUUUGUGCAAGAUUGCAUUAGUGUUUAAAGAAGCCUAGGGAUUGGAUUCGGAUUCGGAUUAGGAUUCGUCGCCCGGCGUUCACUGUGGUAGAUUUUUUAGAUGCUAGAGAAAGCUAGGAUAGCUUUCCUAAUGGACAAAGGUGAACACUCUUUAGCUCCGGAAUGGUUGAGAAGUUCAGGGCAUGCUUCUGGUGGUGGGAGUUCAAACCACCUCCUUGUAUCAUCUUCUUCUCAUUCAGAUUCUGCAUCUUUACAACAUAAUAGCAGGAAUAGGAACUCUAGGAGCAAAAGUGACGUUGAUUCAAUUCAUUCUCCUUUUCUGGAUCGAUCUUCUUCUACUAAUUCAAGGAGGGGCGCUAGUAAUGGUUCUGCAAAGCAUGCAUAUAGUAGUUUCAACUUUAAUAGGAGUCAAAGGGAUAAGGACCGCAGCAGGGACAAGGAUAGGGUAAGCUAUGUGGAUCCAUGGGACCUUGACACCUCUAUCCCUCUUAGAACUAUCUUGACUGGUAGGGACCCCGAUCCAUUGAGACGAUCACAUUCAAUGGUAACAAGGAAACAGGGAGACCACCUGUCUCGAGGAUUAACAGUGGGCUUGAAAAAUGGUGGCAGUAGUAAUAGUUACAACGGAAACGGAGUACUCUCUGGACCUAGCAUUGGGAAUAGCUUUCAGAGAACUGGGUUUGAUAAGGAUUUUCCUUCUCUUGGAGCUGAAGAGAAGCAAAAUGGGCAAGAUGUUGUACGAGUCUCAUCUCCUGGUAUAAGUUCAGCUGUUCAGAACUUGCCAGUUGGUAACUCAGCUUUGAUUGGUGGGGAAGGUUGGACAUCUGCUCUGGCAGAGGUUCCCAAUGUCAUCGAGAAGGCUUGUACUGGGUCAUUAACGUCUCCAAAAGCUAAUGCUGUUAGCACGGGAGCUUUAACUGGACCAAGUGGUCUUAACAUGGCUGAAGCAUUGGUGCAGGCUCCAGCAAGAACUCACACCCCUCCCCAAGGAUCGGUGAAGACACAACGACUCGAGGACUUGGCAAUCAAGCAGUCAAGGCAAUUGAUACCGGUUGUGCCUUCAGCACCAAAGUGCUCGAGUCUGAAUUCUUCUGAUAAAUCCAAGACUAAGCAAGUGGUUCGAACUGGUGAAACUUGUCUUGCUCCCUCAAGAAAUGCCCAACAACAGCCCUCUGUCCUACUUGGUAAUUUCCAGUCUAAUCCGAGUGGUCAAAUCAAACCUGAGAAGAAGCUGUUAGUUCUCAAACCGGCUAGGGAAAAUGGUGUCAGUGCUGUUAAAGAAUCUGGAAGCCCUAGUGCUAAUACAAACACUCGAGCCGCCUCUAGCCAGCUGAUCUCCAAUGCUCUAUCAACACAAUCUGCUCCUGUGAGAAGUACAAACAGCCCAAAGGAGCUCAAGGGAGCUAGUACCUUCUCCAUGAUAUCUGGCCAAACUGUCGAAAAGAAAUCUUCCGCUGCUCAAACUCAGAGCAGGAGUGCAUUUUACAGUGCUCUGAAGCAGAAAAAAACUACAUCAACAAGCAUCUCCACUGAUCCCGUUAACUCUUCAACCAGUGUCUCUUCUUCUGUUGAGCGAAAAGUCAACAGCUCUAAGGAUCUUAUAGCUAGUGACCCUUCGAGUCCACAGGCAACAAGUGGGCUCGAAGUGACUGAAAGGGUCCAGGUAGGUUCUCACACUAGUGGCUUUGAAGCAACUGACACUCCAGAUGAGGAAGAGGCAGAGUUCCUUAGAUCGCUCGGCUGGGAUGAAAACAAUGGUGAAGAUGAAGCUCUCACAGAGGAGGAGAUAAAAUCCUUUUAUGAACAGUACAAGGAGCUGAGGCCGUCAUUUCCGCAGAAUCUGUCCAUGAUACAUGAAGCAAGAGAGGAUGUAGUUUAAGACUCCUGAACCCAACUUUACAAAACUGAAGAAAGUACUGGUUUUUGG